AGAACGUGUUUACUUGUUCAUAAAUAUAUAAAUUAUUUGUAACAUGUUUUUGUAAAAACUUUUUAAUUUAAUAAUACAAAUCGUGAUGCGCAGAUUUUAGGUAACAGCAUGAUCGCGAAGCAAGGUAGCGAUUGUAUCGUUACACUUCUUUCGUCUAAAACUGUACGUUUAAAAGGAGAAUAUUUACACAAUUACGUUUAAAUUUGAUUGUCAUAAAUAUGGAAGUAAUUAGAAGUGUAUGGAAAAAGCCCCUUUUGGUGUAUAAAGUCGGAUUACGGUCAUCUUUUAGAAAUAGUAACAGCAGUAGUUCAGCACCAAAGGUAACAAAAAGGGUAGAUGUUUCCAUUAAAGAUGACGAUUUACAGAUACCAAAUGCAGAAAUAGAUUUCAGUUCACAAAAUGAUACAACAUUUAAUGCUCUUGUUUCUACUGAAGAGUUAUUAGCGCAGAUAGGACUGGCAAGAGAAUUUGCAACUGAUAGCAAAGUUGAACACCCUUAUGUUGAUAAGUUAAAAAGGAUACAGAUGAUCUUAUUUGAUUUGAGUCAUGCUAUAUCAAAAUCAAUACCUGGGAAAUGCAAAUCAUUUGAAAGUAAACACAUUAGUGAUUUGGAAGAAUGGAUAGCAGAGUAUGCAAAUCAAUUACCUCCUCAAGAAACUUACAUUAUUCCGGGUGGUGGCAAAGCUUGUUCCACACUGCAUUCAGCUAAAGCAAUAUGUAGACGCGUAGAGAGAAAUGUUGCAACUUUGGUUCAAGAUGGUUCAGUAAAUAAAGAAGCACAAAUAUAUUUAAAUAAAUUACAAAACUUCCUAUUAACAACAUCGCGAAUUGCAGCCAAAUGUGAUCAACGUACAGAAAACAUAUAUAUUCCUAGAGGAGAAGUUGAAAAAAACGAAACAAAUUAAAAUAUAAGCUGUGUCAGAAGAAUCCAUAGAAUGCCAUUUUUCAAUAUCUUUUUUAGAUAAACGCUAGCAUUUGCAAACAGCCAAAAACUGUAUGGAGAAAUUCUACAGUAAUAUCUAUGUAUAUUGUUAUGCUUUGAAAAUAUAAACAUGUUGUAAAUAUUUUUUAAUCAA